AACUAUCAUCAUCGCUCACGAUUGUAUCAGUGCAAUGCAAUGACCAGUGGCAGUAGGCAACGAUCAAACGGUGUCCGACGAGUGGAUGCGGAAAGAGGAACACGCCAGUGUGUACACGAUCUUCGUUUACACACCGAGCAUAUAAUCGAUUUUUCGCAAUAGUGGACGAACUGAUACUCGACACAACGUAUGCCAGGAAAAACGCAGUUUCCGCAGUGACGAUCGGCGUUAGCGAAAUUCUGAUCACGUCACGGUGUGCCCUGUAAAUAAAAUACCACGUUCGUGUAACUGCGGCUGAAGAGAUCUCCAGAAUUGUACGAGGAUGUCGUUCCGAUUGCUGCUCCUGCUGCUUUUGAUGUACUGUUGUCAUCUUACUACUGCUGUCAAGAGAUUGAGAGAGGAUGGCAAGUCUUACACGGUGUCGGCAUAUCCAGGAGACUGCAGCAAGUACGUGAUGUGCAGUGGCGGCAAGUGCAAGCUGGAGGCUUGCGAGUCGACUUACGUCUUCGAUCCGGUCACUUCCACCUGCACGCACCGAGCACGUGGAUACAUCAAGUGCGACUUCAAGCUAUCGCGGAAACUGUAAACUGUUAACGCAUUCACCGCCAUGACGGUCACCGAUGACCGACAUGCAAUAAAUGCGUUACAACACGCAAUUACUUAUAUCUGCAAGAGAUAAUGACUGUUUAUUAAUAACAGACAAGCAUAAUGGACAAAUUUUGCAUUUAUUAACAAAUGAAUACUUUUAUUCAUUAAAAUAACAAAUUUUAUUCAUUAAAAAAUAUGGAUUACAUGGAUUAUAUGGAUAUAUUAUGAUUAAUCUUAAUAAGGUGAAAAAUCAGCUAAAUUGCGUUUGGUGAUGAUGAAUGCGUUAAUCGCGCACAAAGCUGAGAUCGCUGAUGUAUCAUAAAUAUGUUCCCUCUCCGCGAUUAUGAGAUUCCGAAGGGGUUCAAUAAAACGCCGGAUGAAACAGC